AUGUCCCAGGCCCAAGGGGUGAUGGCGGUUCACUGCUGGUUUCUCCCACAGCUGGGCUUCAACAUCCGGGGAGGAAAAGCCUCGCAGCUGGGGAUCUUCAUCUCUAAGGUGAUCCCUGACUCGGACGCGCACAGAGCUGGGCUGCAGGAAGGAGACCAGGUGCUCUCAGUGAACGAUGUGGAUUUCCAGGACAUUGAGCACAGCAAGGCUGUGGAGAUCCUGAAGACAGCCCGUGAAAUCACCAUGCGCGUGCGUUACUUCCCCUACAAUUACCAGAGGCAGAAGGAAAGAACUGUUCACUAG